AUGAGCGCCAGGACUAGAAGGCAAAAGGCCGCGCUGGCCGCCCAGUCCGAAGGAGGCGACGCAUCGCCGACAAGAAACGGCUCGAUAGAGACGCCUAAACGGAGCAAGUCAGCUACACCGGACGACGACGAUGAUGGAGUGAAGGAGAACGUAUAUCUAUUUGCUCCCAAUAUCAUUGGAUACGUGAGAGUUGUUCUGGCGAUUGCAUCCCUCUACUACAUGCCCCUCCACCCACGAACUUGCUCGAUUCUUUACAGCGUAUCAUGCUUGCUGGAUGCUUUGGACGGAUAUGCGGCGCGCUAUUUCAACCAAUCUACUACGUUCGGCGCAGUGCUUGACAUGGUGACCGACCGUUGCACAACUGCUUGCCUUCUCGUCUUCUUGAGCUCUGCUUGGCCGCGAUGGGCGCUUGUUUUCCAAUCCCUUAUUGCUCUGGACAUGGCUUCUCACUAUAUGCAUAUGUACGCGACCCUCAGCAUGGGAGGUGCCAACCAAAGCCAUAAAAAGAUCGAUUCUUCUCGGAGCUGGGUCCUGUACCUAUACUACAACAGCAGGACGGUUCUCUUCAUCUGCUGUGCCCUCAAUGAGCUUUUCUUCAUCGGCCUUUACCUGCUCUCCUUCUCUUCUCCCACCUUAUCACCGUCCUUGCUCCUACCCCCUCAAGGGGUCACCGUAGGCGGAACACCACCACCUCCCGCUUCGACAAGCGUAUUCGCUAGCCCUUGGAGUGCCGGUGCCCUAGAGCUGGCUCGCGCCAACAAGAUUGACAGCUUCUGGCCCUGGGUGAUUACCGCAAUCUCGUUUCCGGUCAUGGCAUUCAAGCAAUUUGUCAACAUCGUACAGCUGGUCAAGGCUGCCAACUGGUUGGUUGAAGGCGAUCUUGUCAGCCGUCGGAAGGCUCGCAACGCGCGGGUGAAUUAG